AUGGGGCAUUACAUCCUGGCGCCAAUCGAGAAUGGAGACUGGGAUGAAGUGGUAGAACUCCGAUUCCGUGCUUUUUCAAAAGAGCUAUUUUGCCAAUUGACUCGCGGGCCGAACACCAGUCAGAACCGGGCUCAAUGCAGAGCGCAAUAUGUGGAUCAGCGACAGUCGCAACCUGACAUCAUCUGGCUCAAGGCGGUUGAUGCAGACGACCCGAGCAAGAAAAUACUUGGGUUUGCUAGAUAUAAGAUCAUGACGACGUAUAUGCCCCCCGCCCCGGUAACGUUUGACCCAAGCGCCUUUGACUGGCUGGAGGAUGAAGAUAGAGAGAUUGCAGUUUCGCUACUUCAUGAUGUGGUUGAUCGGAAGACUAGAUUUAUUCGGGAGGCACACAUCGACUGCCGCGGGCGAGGAAUUGGUUCCAGGUUGUUGCAAUGGGGUGCUGAGCUCGCGGACCAUAUGAUGCUCCCGUUAUGGCUCGAAUCUUCUACUAUGGCGCACGGCCUGUAUCUGCGGCAUGGCUUUUUCGACAAAAUUCAUUGCAGGCUAGUCAUGGGGAAAUGGGAUAUUGAAUAUUUCAUCAUGAAGAGAAAUCCGAGAGCAAUGCACAUCGACACCGAGGCCUUCAAUGGAAGAAGCAAGCCAAAUGGAAAUUAA